AUGACUACAAUGAAGAGCACUCUCGAUCGGAUUGCUGCUGUCCAGGACAGUUUCCAGAUUGACCGCGACUUAGAGGUCAUAGAUGGCACGUAUAACACUCUUGGUGAGAUCGAGACGUUGAUUUCGAGCCAGAAGCAACAAAAAGGGGACGCGCUGGAUCAACUAACUACGAGCAUCGCUGACCUGAACGACCAGUUGCACCAACUACGACAGGACGUGUCCCGGCUGCAAUUGGAAUCGCAAAGAUACAACAACAAAGAGCAACUCUUCCGCGAGAACGCCCGCGAACUGGAGUCCCUAGAGCUCGAAAACGUCCAAUUGAAGGAUUCCAACGACACAGUGAUGAACCAACUCAUAGAACUCGCAGGGUACAACGAAAACGGGCACAUGGGGGGGCCACCCACUGCACUAGAAGAGGAGGAAAACGCCAUCCUGAGCGACCCAGUGGCACGUGCAAACCUGCUCAGGCUGCAACUGUACAGGUCCCUCGGUGUCUCGCUGGACGUCUCCUCAAACCAGCUGUUCAUCGCCUCCGGCGGCGGGCCCGCGUUCCAGACGGACACCCCGCAGACCCAGCCGGGAAGCCAGACGGGGGGCCAGACGGGGAGCCAGCCCAGCAGCCAGCCGGGGGGACCCGCCGCGACAGAGACGAAAAUCGACGCGCUGUCGUUGGACGACGAUUACUCGGAUUUUUACAAAACGAAAUUUAUUUGGGGGAAAAUUGGAGAAGGUGUGGGUGCAGGACGCAGCCUGGGCGGGCUUUAG